UUUAAUACCUUUGGAAAUUAUGAAAGGGCGGGUACGUGGCUCGCAGCACAACACGCGGCUGCAGCAGAAUGUUACGGCUCGCCACGUACACCAUCAGCUUUCCAUGAGCAAGCUUGGGUGGGAACCACGUCCACUACCCUGUCAGUCACUCUUCUCUGUUCCAGUGCAUCCCACCUUCACGGUCUCGUGCCUUCAUCAUCCAACCAUCACAAGGCCACCGUGAAGCUGUACGGCUUUCAGGUACUUUAGAGAGAGAGAGAGAGGAAUGGGGUCAGCGACGUUCCUGGAAGUGAUUUUGGCCAUUUUGUUACCACCUGUGGGUGUCUUCCUCCGUUAUGGCAUCGGUGUGGAGUUUUGGAUUGACCUGCUGCUGACGAUACUGGGCUACAUACCAGGAAUAAUUUACGCCUUGUAUGUGUUGGUAGGGUAGUCAUAGUGCCACAAUUUUGGAUGCAACGUAGAUGGAGAAGUAAUUAUAUGGGCAUGAUGAAUGUAUUAAGGAUAGAUGGUGUUCCAGGAUCACUUUUCCUUGAAAUAAAGAAUUCUCGUGUGUUGGCAAACAUGGUUCGUGAGUUGAAAUAGAAUACUAAAAUGUGUUACUACUCUGUUCACUUCAUUUCAUAUACGAUAGCAGUACAGAUAAUUUAAAAUGCUACAUGUUAUGCUUGAGGUCUGGAUUAUAAAACAAAAGGUGGGUUGGAUGCUUCCGAGGCACUCGAGAGAGGGAUAAUUUUCCGUGCCAAGCUAUCGAUGGAAGACUGGAACCCACAGCAUUAGUGAAGAUGCUACGGACGUCAUGCUAAAGCAAAGUGUCGACAAUCUCAUGGUGAUAGCUAACU